AUGGAGCUCACCUUCUCGAACUCUAUUUCCUCCACUCUUUGUAUUUCUCCUCGAGCUGCAUUCUCAGGUUGCGGGUGCAGGGUUACGAGUAUUCGGUGCAUCAAUGAGUCUCAAAGGGAAAAUCAGAUGAUUGUUUCAAUCACCGGAGCCACAGGGUUCAUUGGCAAGAGAUUGGUCCGAAGGUUACAUGCAGAUAAUCAUCAAGUCCGAGUCUUGACAAGAUCAAGGAAUAAUGCCCGAGCAAUUUUCCCGGCCAAGGAAUUUCCAGGAGUCGUCAUUGCGGAUGAGUCAGAGUGGAAGGAUUACAUUCAAGGGUCAACAGCUGUAGUGAAUUUGGCUGGAAUGCCCAUUAGCACAAGAUGGUCUCCUGAGAUCAAGAAAGAGAUUAAGCAAAGCAGGAUUAAAGUAACCUCAAAGGUGGUACAGUUGAUAAACAAUACAAGUAGUGAAAUUCGGCCCAAAGUUCUGAUAAGUGCAACUGCUGUAGGCUAUUACGGAACCAGCGAGACUCAAGUUUUUGAUGAAAAAAGUCCAUCCGGAAGUGACUAUUUGGCUGAGGUUUGUAGAGAAUGGGAAGCCAGCGCCCUUAAAGUUAAUAAAGAUGUCAGGCUAGCCUUGAUUCGCAUUGGUGUUGUCCUCGGAAAAGAUGGUGGCGCUUUGGCUAAAAUGAUCCCUAUUUUCAUGAUGUUUGCCGGUGGACCUCUGGGCUCUGGAAAACAAUGGUUUUCGUGGAUUCAUGUGGAUGAUCUGGUAAACUUGAUUUAUGAAGCUUUGUCAAACCCAUCUUAUAAAGGAGUCAUCAAUGCCACCGCACCAAAUCCAGUUAGGAUGGGGGAGAUGUGUGAACACCUGGGAUCUGUUAUAGGCCGGCCAUCCUGGUUACCUGUACCGGACAUUGCGCUCAAGGCUGUUCUUGGUGAAGGUGCUUCAGUGGUUCUGGAAGGACAAAAGGUGCUCCCCACUAAAGCUCAGGAACUAGGUUUCCCUUUCAAAUAUCGAUACGUAAAAGAUGCAUUGAAAUCCAUAAUGACGACUCAGUGA